AUAUCUAACUACACAACUGAAACAGCUGGUUCUCAUCUCACGCGAUCAAGCAAAGCACAGGCACAGAAUGGCUGCUCUUGCUUCUUCAUGUUCCCUCUUCUCCUCCACGCCCUCCAUCCAUMUUCCACCUUCUGUUUCUCCUUAUCUUCCACGUCUAUCACUCUCUUCCCCUUCUGCUCUCUCAUCCACUUUCUCCAUCUCCCAUUCUUUUCCCUCUUUCCCCUCCAUUUCCAGACCCUCCAACGUUUCCUCCUUCACUCUCAGGGCUACCUCUGCUCAGAAUAAGAAGAAGGUCUUGAUUGUCAAUACGAACAGCGGCGGCCAUGCCAUAAUUGGCUUCUACUUUGCAAAACAGCUUCUGGGUUCCGGCCAUGAGGUCACAAUUCUCACUGUGGGUGAACAGGGUUCGGACAAGAUGAACAAGCCUCCAUUUAACAGAUUCUCAGAAAUUGUGAGUGCCGGAGGGAAGACUGUAUGGGGGGAUCCUGCAGAAGUUGGGAAGGUCGUGGCAGGGGCCUCAUUUGACGUGGUAUUGGAUAACAAUGGCAAGGACGUUGAAACUGUGGGACCUGUGAUUGAUUGGGCAAAGAGCUCUGGCGUGAAGCAGUUUCUAUUUAUCAGCAGUGCUGGAAUUUAUAAGCCAACUGACGAACCUCCUCAUGUUGAAGGGGAUACUGUGAAUGCUAAUGCUAGUCAUGUUGGUGUUGAGAAAUAUAUUGCAGAGGUCUUCGGCAGUUGGGCUAUAUUCCGUCCACAGUACAUGAUUGGAUCCGGCAACAACAAAGAUUGUGAAGAGUGGUUCUUUGAUCGAAUCGUCCGGGACAGACCGGUUCCAAUUCCAGGCUCAGGGAUGCAGCUGACGAACAUCGCCCAUGUCAGGGACUUGUCUUCUAUGCUGACACUGGCAGUAGAGAAGCCAGACGAAGCACACUCUAACAUAUUCAACUGUGUAAGCSAUCGCGCUGUGACCCUUGAUGGAAUGGCCAAGUUAUGUGCUCAAGCAGCAGGACGUUCGGUUAAGAUUGUGCAUUAUGAUCCAAAAGCAGUUGGGAUUGAUGCAAAGAAAGCUUUUCCUUUCAGGACAUAUCAUUUCUAUGCAGAGCCGAGAGCGGCUCAGGAUAUUCUAGGCUGGAAAGGCAYCACAUAUCUUCCUCAAGAUUUGAAGGAGCGAUUUGAAGAGUACGUGAAGAUUGGUAGAGACAAGAAAUCUAUUCAGUUUGAUUUAGAUGAUAAGAUACUAGAGUCCCUAAAAGUUCCAGUAGCUGCUUGACCAUUCUUAUGAUCGUUGUGCAGAACUGUACCGUCCAUCUUACAGUACCUUCAGUACAUGGAUUCUCAUUUAUUGUGCUUCUAUCAACUUACUCAAAUAACCUGAUUCAGAAGUGAAGCAAUUGAGCUUUUACUUCUGUUGCCCCAUUGCUGAGCUUUGCAUUUACUAAAGAAAGAAACCGAAGAGAUUCAUAUCGUCUGCA